GGACAAGCAUGGGUACUCGAGUUGCUGCACUUCAGGUUCUUCGGUGGACUGUGAGACACACCACCUGCUCUGUGUCCAGUCCAGUCCCCUUUGGGAGAUGUCACCUCCGGCCUCUGUGCACCGGCUGCAGAUUGUUGUGUUCCUCCACCGACCAGAGCAAUGAACUCUCCAGCAAACCAGUAUCAGAGCUGCCCCCUCACUCUCUGCGUGAUAUGGGAUUCACAGACACCCAGGCGGAGCAGAUCCAUGAAGUCGUGUCCAGACUCAGAGGAGGAAGUGCUGCCAAACAUGCUCUGUCAACUCUCACAGCUCUGCUUGUCCUCGGGCUCAAUCCCUCCACAGUGCUGAAGCUGUUGGAGAAAUGUCCUGAACUUUACACUGUGAAGGAAUCACUGCUUCAGCAGCGCAUCGUCAACAUGCGGAAACUAGGUCUGGGUGAAGGUAGUCUCCAGAGAGUGGUGUCCCAUUACCCUCAGAUCCUCACUGUGCCUGUGAAGACAACAAACAGGGUGGUGAUGUUCCUCAGGGACAAGUGUCUGUUUACCGUCCAGCAGGUCAAAGACAUCCUCAGAGAUUGUCCGGCCAUAGUCCUGGAAAACAUGGGUCAGCUGGAGUACAAGUUUCAGGUCAGCAUGAAAACCGAACACUGAAGGACUGAGACGGUUGGCACCGAAGAGUGUUA